CAGCUAUAUCAGUUUCUAGCUGUACUAUAAAGCAGUGCCUGGUUCUUGGGAGUAUUGACGAAGGCACUCAUUGGCACAAUGCUUUGGAUCAUUAGUUGUCUUGCUUUGGUGGCGUCCACACUAGGCUGUGGAGUACCUGCCAUUAAGCCUCAAAUUAGUGGCUACAACAAGAUUGUGAAUGGAGAGAAUGCAGUGUCUGGGUCCUGGCCCUGGCAGGUGUCUCUUCAGGACACAACUGGCUUCCAUUUCUGUGGUGGAUCUCUCUUGAACCAGUAUUGGGUCCUCACUGCUGCCCACUGCCGUGUCACACCCGGGCGUCACCGUGUUAUCCUUGGAGAGCAUGAUCGCGGAACCAAUGCUGAGCCUCUCCAGAUUCUGAACAUUGCCAAGGCCAUCACCAACCCUUACUACAACAGCCAAACCUUUAACAAUGACAUCACCCUGCUGAAGCUGUCCUCUCCAGCUCAAAUGACCAACCGCGUGUCCCCUGUGUGCGUGGCCAGUUCCAGCACCAAUGUACCUGCUGGCACUCGCUGUGUCACCACUGGCUGGGGCAAGACUGGAACUACCUCAACCCCCCGUAUUCUGCAACAAACUGCCCUUCCCAUUCUGAGCCAGGCUCAGUGCAGGCAGUACUGGGGGCAGAACAGGAUCACAGAUGCUAUGAUCUGUGCGGGAGCCUCUGGAGUUUCUUCUUGCCAGGGUGACUCUGGUGGCCCUCUGGUCUGUCAGGACAAUGGUGGUGUCUGGAUUCAGGUGGGCAUUGUGUCUUGGGGUACCAGCAACUGCAACGUCCGCACCCCUGCUGUCUACGCUCGCGUCUCUUACCUGCGUAGCUGGAUUGAUCAGACCAUCGCCUACAACUAGACUAUCAGCUGCAGUAUGGGUGACCAGGAGGACUUCAGCCACCACCAAGCAACAUCUCCAGACUUUCAAUGACUUGUUUUUCUGUACUUGAGCAUACAGGAUUAAGGCAAGAGCUGAAGUCAUAUUACCUCCAUUUUCCAGCGGGUCAAACAUUGGAAACUUGCAAAAGCAAAUUCCCAAUAAAAUAAUAAUACAACUCA